UGACGCUUUUCCAACAUUGACAAGAAUUGUUUAAUGGCGGAACGAACGCUCGAGAGCCGGCUUUGAGAGAAAUAUCUUCAACAUUUGGGAAAUAUUUCAUCAUAAUUUUACGGAUUGAGAUCUGCCUUUUUACGAGUGUUCUACUUCAAGUGACUCUAGGAAGAGGAUCGUCAGGUGAAGCGAUCAAAUCAAAUAAAUAGAAGUAAAUCACACAGAAAGGUAGUUUUAUAAGGAACAAAAAGAUGGGAGCGCGACAGAGCAAAAGGUCCGUUGACAUAACGACAACGCCGAAAAAGGAGGGUUUACCUGCCGAAGGUAGCGUAGGUGAUGCUGCAGCACCAGGUGAUGGUAAAUUGGAGAGGAUCGAGGAGGCUGACACAAAACCAACCACCAAUGGAAUUGGUCCGCACACAGAAACUGUUGAGGAGAAAAAUCAAGAUGAAGCAACUGAGAAAGACAAGGAGGAGGUGAAAUCUGAGGAGACGAAAGCAGAAACACCAGCUGAUGCUCCUGCAGAGGCUGCUGAGGUAACAACACCAACUGAAGCCACUCCUGCCAGUCAAAAUACAGCCACAUCGCCUGAAAGCAAGGAAACCAAAAAGAAAGAUAAAUCAAAGAAGCACAAAUUCUCCUUCAGGACAUUCAGCUUCGGUAAAAAAGAUAAGACCAAACCAGCACGAGAGGACACACCCAAGAACGGAGAUGUCACUAAGGAAGAACCCCUGGUGGAGGGUGGUGAGGAGGCAGAAAAUGCGGCAGCGAGCAGUCCGAUUGACAAGUCCGAAGUGAGCAGUCCAGUUGAAAGUGAAGCCGCCCCAGCGAAGGCGACGGAAGCUAAGGAAAUGGAGAAGCCCGCUGAAGAAAAGAAAGACGAGGCUACCUCUGUGGAAAAGGAAAAGCCCGCUGAGAAAGUCGAGAUCGCUGAUAAAGUUGAGGUCAGUGGAGAAGAUGCAACGGCCCAUCACACAGAGCCAAUUGCAACGCCGUCUAUCAUUGAGAGGAAAACCAGUGAGGAUCUCCCAUCCCGUUUCCCAUCCAGUCCUCCUCCAACGCCAAUUGAUCCUUCACCAUUGCAACAGGCUCAGCAAGCAGCGGCAAGCGCCACGGCCCUUGCCGAGGCACUCAAGCUUCCUGCCGAGGCUGCCAGCAAUAAUCAACAAUCCAUCUUAUUGUCGUUUGACGAGCACACUGACACUCCCAAAGAAUCAAUAAUCGCGAACAUCCCUCCAACAACUAUCGUUGACGAAAUUCAAGAGAUUGUCCAAGAAUCCAAGAAGCAUGUUCUCGAAUCAAUGAAAGUCCAAGAAAUUAACGAGGCACAAAAAAUUAGUGACAAUAAUCCCACAAUUGACAAUCAAGACAGUCCAUCUGUUAUUGAGAUUGAAAAUAAUGCCAAAGAAAUUAUUGAAACCAAAAAUGACGAAAUUGAAAAAAUUCAAGAUUUGGUAAUUGAGACCGAGGAGGGUCCAAUUCCAAUUAGCGACAAUGAUAUUGUUUUUGAGGCGAAACCGGCAAUGAUCAUACCCGAGGAUAAAAAAGUUGAAAUUCUCCUCGACGUUGGCGAAAUAAAAGACGAAAUAUCAAGCACAACUGUUUCUGAUCAAAUGUUUGCGGCCGGUGAAUCAAUAAAAAUCCCCGCUAUCGAACAAACAGAGCUGACAAGUGCAAGCGAACCCACCGUCAUUGGAAGAAUUAACGAAGAAAUUCUUGACGAGAUUCCACCACCUCUGCCUGAUUCGCCAGCUCCCGCCCUUCAGGAAACAUCCAAAUUUCUCAACUUCAUGAACGCCGAAAUUCCGCCUCUAGAUUUACCAGAACAAAUUCCAGAAUCCCUUAUUGAAACCGAAAUUUCUGAAUCAAUCCUUAAUAAUCAGGAGCCAAAAAUUCAAGAUUCAAUUCAACCCACAGAGAAUCAUGAAACUCUCAAUGAUCUCGAAAUUCAUGAUAAUGAAAAAAAUCCCGCGUGUGCCCAGGUUGACGACAUAUCCGACUCGUUUGAUCUUCCUCCUGUAAUAACGAUACCACAAGAAUUGGUAAAGUGCGAGGAAGAUUCCUUCACCUAUCCACUUCCUCCGGAUGAUGUGUCGUCCGUUCAAAUUCCGGCCGCGAGGCAAGAAUCCACGAGAAUCCCAGUGGACUCCAUUCUUACACCUCCUCAGAGUCCAAAUAAUCCUGGUAGUGUCAUCAGUUGCACGAUUACGGCAACGACGAGAACGUGCAAUCGAGAAUUGGAGCCAAUAUCGGACAAUAAUUCAAUGAUGAUGGAGAGAUUGGCCGACAAUGAAACUCAAGCGAGUCAAUUGUCAAAUGGCCACGUCGCAGCCGAUGAUCAUCAGAGCAUUUCCGAGCCCGAAGCUCCAGUGGAAAACAAUGUUUCGGCAAAUGAGGUCAGCACGACAGAAAGCGCUGAUGAAGCUCCAAAGGUGCCACCACCUGCAGUGCCAGUCGAAGUGACUGUAGCACCAGCUCUCGCGCCUGUUAUCACCGAAGAUGUUGCCUCUGUUACCAAGGCAAUUGAAGAGAUUGACAUCACCGAAAAAGCCGUUGCUGCUGCAGUUAAAGAAGCUAUUGAAAAUUCUAAUGCUAAUGAAAUCGUUAUCGACUCGAACCACCAAAGUCGUUUGAAUGAAUAAAAAGCGUCCCUAACCGAAUUGUAUUUUGGGAAGAAGAAAGUUCUUUUCUCUCUCUCCUUAAAACCAAAAAAGUAUAUUAUAUAGAUAUGUAUAUUUGGACCAUUCCUGCAACUAAACCGAAAAAAUAACGUUCUUUCGUUACAAAGCAGCAAACAAAAAAAAAAAAAAUAAAAUAAAAAAAAAGAAGAGAAGGCGACGCCAACGACGAUAAUACAUAAAAACCGCGACACCACGCGAGAGCAUACAGAUUAUUAGUAGGCCUAUUAAUUGUUAUAUGGCAUUUGACAGCGAAUGAUUACUGAUGAAAUAAAGCUGCGACAGCAAUGGUUGAGUUAUUAAUAAAUAAAAGAAAAUUAAUAGCCGGCGAUCGAUUAAAACAGAAAAAUAGUCGUUCGCGCGGUCGCUCGAGUGGUGAUUCGUUAUUUCGUGAGCCAUCGCGACGAUUGAAGAGUUUUUUACUGGGCCGUGCCCAGCGGCAGGUGGUUAUUAAUGUAAUUGUCCUGCAAAUGUAGAAAUUUUACAAGUGUCAUUAAUUGUUAUUAAGCUAAGAUUUAAAAAAAAAAAAUAAAAAAAAAAACGAAGACCAUUUACGUGGCGGGCGAGCGAACAAAGGCGAUGAUUAAUUUUCAGAGACGUGAUGAUCGGAAUGUAUCCCCCCUCACCCAAAAAAAAAAAAAGAAAUUUCAUCGUCUACUCCGCGGGGAAAUACUCAAAAUGGGGCGAUAAAAAAAAAACCCUCCCGUUACUACAUUACUGUUAACAAAGAAAAAUAAUAUGAAAAAAAAGAAGCUUACAAAAAAAAAAAAUACAAUCUUGUGGUCUUUUUGUGUAAAUGUAAGAAAGAAUGUGCAAGAGUAAGAGAUAGAAAGAAGAGAGAAAAUUUGAAAUAUCUAAGUGUUGAAGAAAUGGUGAGAAUCGGUCGAGAACGAAAGAAUAACGAGAGAAUGAGUGAGUGAUUGAUUAUAUUGUCAGGAGAGAGAGAGAGAGAGAGAGAGAGAGAGAGAGAGAGAGAGAGAGAGAGAGAGAGAGAGAGAGAGAGAGAGAGAGAGAGAGAGAGAGAGAGAAAGCGCGCGAGCGAAUGGAAAAAAAAGUCAUUUAAAUGCAUCGAGUACGAUUCACAUUGCGAUUUUUCCUAUGAUUAUAUUGUUCGUGAUUUCUUUUGCGAUCCUUUGUCUUCUUUUUGUAAUUUGUAAAAUGAAAAGAUUUUAAACGUCGUAACGAGGAAAUUACCGCACACACAUUACCCACACGUAAAAAAAAAAAAACAAAACAAGAAUUAUUGGACGAAUUCUAAGCACACAAACACAAAAAAAAAAAUUUUUUUUUUUUAAAAUAAAACAGUACACUUACCACUGAAGACAUUUUUGAAAUAAGAUAAGUAAGUCGAGCAGCGUAAGUGAUAUAAAUAUAUAUAAAUAUAUCUAGAUAUAGAAGAUGCAUUUGUGUAAAUUCGGCGUUUGUUCGAAAUGCUACUUCUCCAUACGAGAAUCGCUUACGACGAACUAUCGCGUAAUUUUAUGAUAAUCAAUUUAAAAUAUCGCCUAACUACGAUAACAAAAGAAAAAAGUAAAAAAAAAAAAAAAAAAAAAAAUAGACCCGCACAACAAACUGAAAUGGUAAAAAACAAACCUUUUUCAACUUUUCAUACAACGUUUUCUACGUUUAUACGGAUCUCCAAAAAAGUAAAUUAAUGACUUAAAAGAAUUCAUCUUUUUUUUUUUUUUUUUUUUAAUUUUUUUUAAAUAUUUAAUGGUCGUAGGCGUGUAGAUUAUCAAAGUUUUUAAAAACGUGAAAACGCAUAUACGUAUAUGCCACGGAUCUGAAUAUUUCUAAGUGUUAGACGAGCGCAAAGGUCAUUAAUGCCUAUGACCGACAUUGAUUUUAUACGAUAUAUAUUAAUUAUUAAGAGAAAAAGAAAAUAAUAAAAUUAAACAAAAGUUGUAUAGUAAACCUUAUUCGUAUGGAAUUUCAUUCAAGUAAUUAUCUGUGAAAUGAAUAUAUUUACAACGAACAAAAGAAGAAAAAAAAAAAAAAAAAAAAAAAGAGGAGAAAGAAGAAAGAGACAGUCGUUUUCUCGAGGAACAGAUUUUAAACGACGAAUAAUGAAAAAAAAAAAAAAUAGGCGCGUGGUCUCUUUAUCGUUUCGAUUCUCGGACCCCGACCGAUUUGUGCACCUAACGCUACCGAUCGUCAUCCUUUUUGAAAUGUUUUCAUAAUCAGUGCAUUUUGUUGUAUUUUCCAUAUUAAUAUUUGAAAAUCAUUCUACGACUCGAUGCACUGAUUGAAAACAAUUCAAAUAGAAAAAAAAAAAAAAAUAUAGUCUUCAGCAUCUUUCAUCAACAGUUGUAAUAGUAAUUAAACUAUUCUACAUUUAUCUAUAACCUAUAAUAAACUGUGAAACAAGUGUA